AGCACCAAACUGAGAUAAAUGGCUGAAAAUAAAAGCUUCUGAAACCAAUUACUUUAGCACUUCGUAACGCGGCGUAAACUCACGAACCAAAAAUCCAGGGUUGUGGGUGGCGAUGGGUUCGACGAUUAUGCAGGCGGUUCUGUAUCAAUCCUAUGGCGGCGGAUCGGCUGCUCUCAAGCAUGUAGAAGUUCCCAUUCCUACACCCAUAAAAGACGAGGUGUUGAUAAAAGUGGAAGCAGUUAGUUUGAAUCCAAUUGAUUGGAAGAUUCAGAAAGGACUGAUACGCCCCUUUGUUCCUCGCAAGCUCCCUCAUAUUCCUGGCACUGAUGUGGCUGGAGAAGUCAUAGAGGUUGGACCAGGAGUCAAAAGCUUAAAAGCUGGGGACAAAGUUGUAACAAUUCUUAGCCAUGCUACUGGAGGUGGACUCGCUGAAUACGCUGUAGCUAAGGAGGCGUUAACAGUUUAUAGGCCCCCCGAAGUGACUGCGGCGGAUAGUGCUGCCCUACCUGUGGCAGCUAUGACAGCUCACCAGGCUCUCACUCAAGUUGCCAGGAUCAAGCUUGAUGGAAGUGGUCCUCAAGCAAACAUUCUGGUCACGGCUGCCUCUGGUGGUGUUGGACAUUACGCUGUUCAGCUAGCAAAGUUGGGAAACACACACGUGACGGCUACUUGCGGUGCCCGUAACAUCGAGUUUGUGAAGAGCUUGGGAGCGGAUGAGGUUAUCGACUACAAAACCCCAGAAGGGGCAGCCCUGAAGAGCCCAUCUGGUAAGAAGUACGACGCAGUGGUUCACUGUGCAACAGGGAUCCCAUGGUCUGUAUUCGAACCCAAUUUGAGCGCGAAUGGUAAGGUGAUAGACAUUACACCAAACCCGACAACGAUGCUGACUUUUGUAUUUAGAAAACUUACCUUCUCUAAGAAGCAGCUGGUGCCACUGUUGAUGUCUGCCAAGAGUGAAAAACUGAGCUAUCUCGUUAAUUUGAUAAAGGAAAGGAAGCUGAAGACUGUGAUCGAUUCGCGGUAUCCUCUUAGCAAGGCUGAGGAUGCUUGGGCAAAGAGCAUGGACGGCCAUGCCACUGGCAAAAUCAUUGUGGUUCCGUAGCGCAACACAAUAAUCUCCUUUAAACUGUUAUGCUUCGGACUUGUGAAAUAUGUACUCUUAGAAAAUGGCUUAUAAUAUAAUUUAGUCCCAUUGUAUUGCUUUUUUAGUACAGCAUGUGCAUGUGACAUCACCCAUCGUAUCGUACCGUUUGUUCAUAGUGUUUUGAAGUUUGUAAUUUCAUCAUGUAUGUAUUGGGAUUUUUUUUAAAGUCAAGUUCUUGUGGAUGCUAAAUGUUGGGAGAAUGUCUAAGUUUGAUGAUGAUUUUUGUGUG